UGCUUUUGUAGUGUUCGAAAUUCAAUAUUUAGGGUCGGAGGUGUUUAGAAACAGCCGUGCGUCCACAUGUUCGACCUUACAAGUCGAAAGAAAACAAUGGGUUCUGAGGGCACGUCCCAGGUAGAGGUUAAAAAUUCAAAGUCGCGGAAACGAACGAAAAAAAAGGAAGGAUCAAAAGGUAUUACGAGCAAUGCAAAUAACGAUAGUUUAGAAAAUGAUACUAAUAAUGUAGAAGAAGUAAGCAUGAAACAUAAAAAACGGAAGGAAAAGAAAGAAUCAAACACUGACCAUAAUUCUAAAGAAGUGAUUCAAGAUAGCAAAGAAAAUGAUUCUGCUGGGGCUGAGGCUAUAAAUGAAGAGAAAUCGGAUAAUGAGGCAUCACCACCGAAGAAGAAAACUAUAGAUACAGAGAAUGAUUUCGACGAGAAUGGAAAGAAUAAUACAAAAUCUCCGAAGCAGCCUUCUAAGAGACAGUUAAAGAAAGAGAGGGCUGAGAGAAAGGAAAAUGAAAAAAGGAUGGCUAUUAAGAUAGACGCAAUGAAGAAAGGACUUAAUUAUGUCUCUACGUGGAAAUACGCGCGCAGUGAAUGGAAAUUCGAGAAGUUGAGACAAAUCUGGUUGAUCGAUAAUCUGCUUGACGAAACUUCAAUACCAGAUGACAUUUUUCCAACAGUUUUAGAAUAUUUCGAAGGAUGCAAAGGAAUGGCAAGGGAACUGUUGUUAAAGAAGGGAAUGGACGCUAUAAAGAAAAUAGAAGAAAACGUCGAAAAUAAAGAAGAACUGGAGUCAGUUGCUUAUCAGAGGGCAAGGAAACUUCUACAAGCUUUGCCUAUUGAUACUUAGCCAACUACUAGAUGUCUUUUAUUCAAAUUGAACUUUUCUUUUUUAUACAUUAUCUAUCAAUGUUUUGACGUUCAUGUAUGUUCAUAAAGAGUAUUUAUAUUAAACCUUUGUAUAUAUUUGAAUAA